UGUAGAGAUAUGUCAUUUGCCAGGCAAAACGAAAUCGAAGAACAGAACGAACAGAACCGAAAUGAAGAUCGAUGCUACAUAACAGUACGACUGGGACAAGAACUGGAACUGGAACUGGGACUGGGACUGGCACUGCGCUGGAACUGAGACUGGGCAGGCAACAUGUGCGCCGCUUUGUAACGCCAAUUAUGGGCCCAUAAUUCGAAGGCAUUGUCUGGAGCACAAAAGACGAACUGAGCGAGCAUUACACGAGUGAGAAGAAGAAGAUCAUUUCCCAACACACACACAUAUGCACACGCCUCAGGCCCAGUUCUUGGCGAUGCCUAACGAAGCGGCAAAUGAGCAUAAGCCGCUUGCUGAGCGCAUUGAGCGCAUCUUUGGCCAGACGUAGCCGCCGCCGGACGUGUGUGUGCAGCGCCAAGAGCCAAGAUACAAAUACAGAUACAGAUAGAGAUCGAGAUAGAGAUACCGAUACGGUUACAGUGAAAGUGUGCCGCAGCAAAAGAUACUCGUAAUUACUGAACGUGAUCCGAGUGCGUAAAGAGGUAGAACGCAGAGAACACAACGAUAUAUAAGAUACAAUGGAGGGCCUGCCACGCUCAUUAAACUACGAACUGUCGCAUGAUCUGCAUUUCGAUCAUUUCGGCGGCGCCGCGCAACAAAUAUUAGAGAACGGCAAGAACCCCGCUGCCGCGGAGGCCUCAACACCCACGAUCAGCACACUGGAUGCGCUGGCCAAUAGCGAUUUUCUGCAAAAGAUUGGAGCCACCAUCUUCAACUCGAUACAGCUGAAGCAUCACAAGCUCAACGAAGCCAUCGCACAGAAUUCCAGCGAACUGACCAUGGAUUACGACUUUAGCGCUAACCGUGUGGUGCUGGACAGCAGCAGCGUGGAUCAACUGCAGCAGCAGCUGGAGUACGACAAGUUCAUGAACGAGGUGUGGAUCGGCAUUGUCUUUACCCUUAUCUUGAUCUCCAUGGUCUUCUGCAUAUGCUCCUGCUUCCUGUACCAUCAGUUUCGCACCUGGAAACGAAAUUAUCAUAGCAAUGCCAAUAGCUCAUCGCAGUGCACAAUUAUUGAUAUCGAGGCACUGAAACUGCAGCCCGAUUCGGAGGAUCCGGUGCCGGAAUACACAUUGGUCUCCGGUCUGCCCAGCUAUGAAGCUGCCUUGGAGUUGCUGCACAAAACUCCGCAGUCGUCGUGCCUGAUUGUCUAUCCAAGCGUGUUUAAUAUAUUCAAUAAGCAUGAAAGAGGAACAGCAGCAGCAGCAGCGGCAACAUGUGCAACGGCAACAACAACAACCACAAUAACAGACGCAGUCGAAGCUGCAACAACACAGUCACAGACGUUGCCUUUGUGUGAGGCAACAACUCCGCUGUUGCCAACAACUACAACUACAACAACAACAGCAGCAGCAGCAGCAGCAGCAACAUCCACACCCACAUGCGAAAGCAUUAAGUCCAAUUUUGUGCCCAGCUACGCUGAGGUAUUUGGCUUUAAGACCAUCGACGAGAAGAAGAAAUCUCCGCGUUGCCAAAACCAAACGAGAGACGAGACAUCGAAAGGCCAAGGCGAUAAAUGCUAAAUAUGGCUCGCCAGGGUGUGUGUAACACCGAGAUCUGAACCGGCUGGAUGGUCAAGAUCUCAACGAUACCAACCAAAAUGUGCUCUGUGAUAAUUGUUGCUGUUGUGGCUGUUGGCCGCGAUUCGAUGCGAUAUGAUAUUUAUGUACUUAGAUUCAACUAAGCGCUGUGAUUAUA